AUGGCCAUCGACAGCAUACCAUAUCCUGAUACCGAUCGCUUGGCAUAUCCCGACAAGACCUUUUACCCAGUCAAGAUCCCCGUCUCACACUGGCAAUUGCGACACUACAUCUCAUCACCCGACAAGGACGCCGCCAUCUACUACGCCAGCGUCAACGAAGUCUACUAUCUCGACACGCAUUCGCGGAAACGCAAAUACCUCGCCACACUACCAUUUGUCGCCCGGUGUACCGCCUCUGGCUUUGGCUGGAUCUGUGUCGGAGGUGAAGAGGAUGGGUACUUUGCCGCAAUCAAGCUAGAGGGCUCGUCGCCAGUUCGCCCUGCAGACGUAGACGCUCCACUGCCGCUAGACUACUGGCAAUCGCAAGGGGGCACUCCGAGAGCCGCCAACGUCAAGCUCGAACAUAUAGGCGAAGAGAUUGUCAACUCCAUCUCCAUCCACCAAAUCCACGAUGAAGAAAACCACCUUUACGAUGUCGUCGCCGUCUUGACCAACAAUGACAAGACUGUCCGCGUCUACUCGCUUACCCAAGCCCUGGAAACUGCGUGUCUGGAUCUGCCCUUCCCCAUGAACCACGCAUCCAUAUCUCCUGAUGGCACCACUCUUGUUGCUGUCGGCGAUUCCAACCAAGCCUUCUUCUACACACGCACGCUAUCUCAGCCUCCNCCACAGAUCCCAAAGCCUCACAAUCGCCUGAACACAAGCAAUGUCACCUGGGAUCUAGCAAACAUUGUCCACCUUCGUGCUGGUGAUCCUACUGCACAACCGGGCUACUUUACCACUGCCUGGUCCCCGAACGGCAGCUUGGCAGCUCUGGGUUCCGAAGGUGGUUACAUCACUCUGUUUGAUAUGGCCGCCUUUGCACAAUGUGCUUCCGACGAGGCAGAAGACGCCAUUGUUGCCACUGUUCCAUCAACUAGACCCAACAUCGUCGCCGCUCUGCAUCCUGGCGCUAUCAGGACCAUGCUCUUUUCUCCUGAACCCUGGGAUUUAUUGAUUUGGGCUGAGGACCAAGGUCGCAUAUGCAUCGGCGAUCUGCGCACUGGACUCAAGACCAAACAGGUGAUAGAACUGAAACCGGAUGAAGAAGGCCUGAAGAAAAUCGAACUCGAAGACAUUGCAGCAGAGUAUUUGGCUGAAGGGGAUCGUCUGGAUGACUUACAGCAAGAGAUUCUGGACCGCUAUCGGGAAACUCAAGAUCCUGCCGAGCAGGGCACCUUCGCUACAGAAUUCCUACAAGCUCGAGAGCGUGAACGCCAUCACAAUAUUGAACGCGCCCGUGCUAUGUUCCCAACUUUACGCGACACAGCAUCUGCAUCAGGAGACGAUCCCCGAGGUCUGACAGCACACGAACAACAAAUUCUUGAAGCACUUCGCACAACUAGACAGCGCGAAGAAGCGCGUACUCAGGGAAGUACUCCUCGUUCGAUCAAUUAUACCAGCGCUGGUCUCUUCAGCGGCCAUACCAAUAGUCGCGCCUCGGUGACUGCGCGAUCCACCGAGACNCCUCGCCCAUUCAGCGACGUCUUGGUCAACCAUAAUGACCCUUACGCAGCUUUUCCGGAAUUAUCUCGGACAUCGCAACGAGAUGCGACAGAGUCUCGUGAAAGAGAACGGAAUACAAGUGACAACACACUGCCACCUCUCCACUCGAUACAAGAGUAUUUGCUGCUUCGCGAUAGGGAGCGUGAAGCUUUAUCGGCAUCGAACACGAAUCGUGACACUGGCAUCCGACGUUCUGGAGCAGGAGGAAUCCCUACACUAACGAGCACUGCCACGACCAUACCACCACAUGCAACACGGGCAACGACGACCACCAGGGCUGAAACAGAGGAAGACAACCCAUGGCGCACGAUAUCUAACGCAAUGACUUUGGCACGGGGACCUCUCUUCGAAUCACCUCGAUCAAUAGACGCUAGUACGCGACAGUCUCGUGAACGGGAGGCUAUGGUGCGUACGGAGCAGCUUCGCCGAAUGACUGCUCAGCGUGAGCGGCUUCGUGGACUGCGACAGGAGUUUGAGCGUGGAACAGAUACAGCGCAGAGCUUGUACGAUACGCUUACCUCUCUACGAGGCUACACAUCAGCACGACCUACGGCGUUCCAUGAUGGUUAUGAGAUGCUGAUGCGCAGAGCUGGACGCGAAGCUACCAUAGGAGUCAGAACAGCAGGCCUAGCUAUCAGCCAUGAUGGACGCAAGUUGUGGGCGGCAUGUGAGGAGGGCAUCUUCGAGAUCGACUUGCAGGUCAAGCUGAGAAUGAUGUUCCCAGCAGUGGAAAUGAAAUAA